UUUCCAAUUGGAUUUCUCCUCCGUCGCACUCUGCUGCCGUCUUCCAUGGCAUCGUUGUCGUCCGUCGCUGGAAGGUCGUCGUCCCUCUGCGUCGCCCACGGGUGCUGUGUUCUGCUCCGCUCGUCCGCCUUGCCUAUUGCAUCCCCUCGUUCCGUGUCUCACCGCGCCUCGGGUGCCUUGUCUCGAGUUGCCGCUCCUCGACUCCAUUUUGCUGUCUGGACUGGUUCUGCAACAACAGCAUGCCUGGUAUGUUACCUUCUUGUGGAAGAAGCUAUUGAGCUGAUGCCAAAGUCACCCACACCUUCACCAGUUCUUAAGAAUUUAACUUAUAUCUAUGAGAAAAAUAUAAGUAGAUUUGAAGAAUUCGGUGGCUCAGACUUUGGUGAAUAUCCUAUUUUGAAGCAAAGGAACGAGUCUUUUAAUAUACAAGAAUCAAUGAGUGUGCACUGCAAGAUAAUUUUAGAGGUGUAAAUGAAGAUUGAGAUGUUUAUCAUGAUGGUUUAUUGACAAAGAUGGAGUUUUGAAAAUUGAAG